UGGAGGGAAAGUGAAUUUGUUCUGUGUUGUUAAUGGCCUCUUUGCUCUUGUUCUCUGUUUAAUGAUCAGUAUUACUUCAAUAAAAGGACUGAGAUUGGAAAGAAAUUGUCAGACUGUAAAUAGAAAGGUUAAGAUUACUCUAAUCUUAACCUUAACCAGGACAGACUGUCCUGGCUGUUCCUGUCAAAUGCCAAGGACAGGGAUGGAAGGCACAUCCCAUUUUACCUGUGGUUUGUUUGUUCUUCCCCAUCCAGCAUGAGUUCCUUCUUUGUGAUGUCUCUCCUCUUUGGCCUGAUUUUCGGACAAACAGCAUCACUCUGUGCUCCUUCUGAGUACACAAUCCAUGUGGAGAAACGGGAAUGUGCCUAUUGCCUCGCCAUCAACACCACCAUCUGUGCUGGAUUCUGCAUGACUCGGGACAGCAAUGGCAAGAAGCUGCUCCUCAAGAGUGCUCUGUCCCAGAACGUGUGCACAUACAAAGAGAUGCUGUACCAGACAGCGCUGAUCCCAGGCUGCCCUCACCACACCAUCCCCUAUUAUUCCUACCCCGUGGCUGUGAGCUGCAAGUGUGGCAAGUGCAACACUGACUACAGUGACUGUGUCCGUGAGAGGGUCAGGACAAACUACUGCACUAAGCCACAGAAGCUCUGUAACCUGUAAAGCUUUCAGUGGGCUGCAGGAGAAAUGUACUGUUCUGCUCACACCCGAACUGAAAUAAAAGUGAAUUUCAUAUUCGGUUUGCAAA